GUUAUACAAACAGAAAAACAUUAGCAGAGACACAUUUGAUCGAAUAUUAGUUGUGUUUGCAGGGACAAUGGCUACAAUUCCCGUUCGACAGUCCUCUCUGCAUUCAUAUUUUUCACCAGAGCAAAAGCAAAGAAACCAACAUCCAAAGCCCAGUCCUCCUCGCUCUCCAGCGGAGGAUCCAAGCACACCCAAUGCUGUAGAAAUCAAGCGGAAGCGCCCCGACCCUCCUAUGACGGAAUACGAACGCCAGCGGGAGGAAAACAUCCGCAAGAAGAACGAAUUUUUAGAGAAGCUGGGAAUCCCCGCGCAGCUCCAAAUGCUGCAGAAAGCAACAGCGCGGCAGCCCAGGUUCAAACCCCCCAAGCCUCCAAAACCCCAAGUACCCCUCAGAAGAAGCACCCGCAGGUGCCCACAAGUGAUCUCUGAAACCCUAGUAGUCCCUGAAACCCCGCCGGAUCGAACUCCUGACCUUUCUCCUCUUCUUCCCCAAGAUUACGAUGAUUCCUCUGUCUUCAAAUACAUUUGCUCUGCCACCACUUCGGACGGCGGGCUAGGCACUGCCAGUGCCGCCGAUUCUGGUUCCUGCCUCGUCGGAUACCGCCAGGUCGGUAAAACCCUAGCCGACCGUUUGCUGACGCGGAUUUACAGUGUUGAUGUGGCGGCUCUGGACGGAAGCCAUAAUGCUCUCGUGGCCGCCGGUGGCCACGGUGGCAGGAUUUCUGUGUAUGGCACCUCCAUUUGUUCGGAGGACUGUGGGGAAGAGGGCCCUCUGAUGACGUGGAAGGCAAGCUCUGGUUGGAUUUCUGGGGUGAAGUUUCUGAGGCGGCAGGUUUCUUCUGCCUCUGCGCCGUUGCUACUCUCCAGUUGUAAUGAUGGGCGGCUUAUUGUGUGGGAUAUUGGUAAGGAGCAGCAACCUCAGGUACAUUUGGCGGCUCCUCCAAUUGUGGCUCAGCUCGAUGAUUUGCACUCGAGGGGUAUUUUUGGGAUAGACGAGUUCAAUGGCAGGAUCGCUACUGUUUCUAAGGAUUCCUCCGUGGGAUUUUGUAGCUUUAUGGAUUCUGCGAUCGUCACGGAGAGGAGCUUUUCUGGGCAUCAUUAUGGCCCUGUUAGAGGAAUUUGCUUCAGGUCCGGCACUCUUUGGAGACUCCUUAGCUGGAUUGAAUUCGACCUGAUAUUGCCAUUGUUUGAAUUCUAUAGGAAUGCCGACAUACUGGCCGAUUGUGGAGCAGAUAAUAGAAUCUGUGUCCUGGAUCUUCGUCUGGCAAACUCUUGCACACUCACCAUUGAAUCUAAUCACAGAACUGGUGUAAAUGUAGUAGAGUGGUGUCCAAAUCAAGAAUUCUUGAUUUUGUCAGCAAGCAAAGACCCCGAACUUCUUUUAUAUGAUAUCAGAAGCUGUAAAGAGCCCCUUCACAAGCUUGAGGGACAUGUAGAUCCAAUAUAUAAGAGAUGUUCUCAAAUUUAUAGGCCAGCAUUUGUUGCCAAUGGGAUGGCAGUUGCCACACCAGGGCAGGGAUCAAGGCAGAUCUCUUUAUACAGCACAAGUAAUGGAAGGGCUCUAAGCAGGGGGUUUGUAGGGUAUGACGCUAACUUGGUUAUGUGCAAUGUUAAACACAGAUCUAGUUCUCAGAGAGUGUGGUUGGCAGGCAAGCAAAUCACUCAGUUGUUUCCAGUCUGGCAGGAUAGUGCAGAUGUUUGUGAUUAAUGUUGACAAUUUUGUUGUCUCUCGGUAUUUUGAAAGAGCUAUUACAUUUUGAAGCCUGCAUUAUCACUAUCAGUUGUUUUACAUUGCUAAUCUCUCAAAGUUCUGAGAUAUUGCAGAAUUCAUACUCAAGCCGUGGAUUAAAAAGCACAAAAAAUGGACACAGUUUUGAGGAGGUUGUUCCAUUUUGUAUCCGAUGCUUUUUUAUGCUUUGCUUUUCUGGAAAAAUCUUAAAGGUAAUAUUUCAAAUCAUGUGAAACCAAAACAGAAUGGCAUAGAUUUUGUAAUAUUGGAUCUGAAAGUUGAUGUUUCCAAAUAGGCUAAUAUACAUACUUCGCUUUUGAUUAAGAUGGGGUGUUUAUGCCUCAAGGAGUGGGUUAUCUGUGCUCCAUUGUCUUUCACAUCAUAGACCUCAUAAGGAUCCUUCUUACUGAGGUUAGGUCAUGUGAGUUUUUAAGUGCUCAUAUACAUCUAUAAUAUAAAAGCUGUUUUUUUCCUA